AUGCCUGGUGACGACGAUGGUCUUGAUGUUUCCAAUCUUUUUCUCAGUGUUGUAAGCCACUAUAGGGAGUGGUGUUAUGCAUUUUCUUUACUCAUUGACUCAUAUGCAUUCUGCAAUCAGGGAGCUGAACUCAUGGAGUCGGCCAUUGGGGGUCUACGACUCCUCACAUUCAACACGGCGGUGAUUUUAAGAUUUUUUGUCCCCGGUAUCAAAGAAGGACUAGCGCUUUUAUGCUCUGGACUAUUAUCACUUCUCGUGCUACUCCUUAUAUCUGCAACUGCCAACCAAUUGGCCGCAGUGGGAGGAGGAGAUGAUAUAUAUAAUGGUGUUAUGAAGAAGUGUUUAGAUAAGGAGAUAGAUGCUCUCCUUCAUUUCAAAGCUUCCCUCCAAGAUCCCUCUGGUUGUCUCUAUACAUGGAGAGCUGAAGAGGAUGACUGCUAUAAGUGGACAAGAGUGAUGUGCAACAACAAAACAUGUCAUGUCAGAGAGCUUGAUAUGAGCUUAUGUGGCCUUGAAGUUUACUGUUGUGUAAUUAUUUUUUUCUCUCAGCUUCCUGCACCAAAGCGAGGCGAGAUUGUUAGACAGAUUGGUGAUCCACUAAGAACCAAGCUUCAAUACCUUGGCAGGCUUCUAUCACUUGAAAUGGGAAAAAUUCUUCCAGAAUGA